AUGAGCAAGGAGUACAGCGAUGUGGAUGAUUUUGCGUCAGACGAAGAAGAGGACAACCAAGUGUUGAUCACUGGGAAGGAUGCGAAGAAGAAUGUGAUUCAGUUUGAUCAAGAAGAGGACGAGGAAGAGCAAGAGGAAGAGGACGAGGAAGUACAGGAUGAAGAAGAACCGGAGGAUAAGGUAGUACAACUCACAGAACAGCAGAUAGAGAAAGAAAAGCAGAGACGACUCAAAAAGCUUAAGAGCGAUAAGAAGACGAAACACAAGACCGGUGUGGUUUACCUAUCGAGGGUUCCACCGUACAUGAAACCAGCCAAGCUAAGGCAGAUUCUCACAAGAUUCGGUGAAGUGGACCGUCUGUUCUUGAAACGUGAAGAGGAGCACAAGCACCAGCAGCGUGUCAAGAGUGGUGGGAACAAGAAAACGAUGUUUGAAGAAGGUUGGGCCGAGUUUAUCAGAAAGAAGGACGCUAAACUGUGCGCAUCGACUCUAAACGGUAAUAUUAUCGGUGGUAAGAAGGGAAAUUUCUACCAUGACGACGUCAUGAACGUUAAAUACUUGCCCGGGUUCAAAUGGGCCGAUUUGACAGAACAAAUCGCUAGAGAAAACGAUAUCAGACAAGCAAAGCUACAAUUGGAAAUCUCACAGGCCAACAAGUUGAACGCAGAGUUCAUCCAUAACGUAGAGAAAUCAAAGAUGGUCAACAAGAUGAAACAGAGCAAGAAACGUAACCAACAAGAAUCACAGCAGGUCGAUGAAGAAGUUCGCAGGACUUUCAAACAGAGGAAAGUCGCUUCGACAAGAGCAUCUGCUCCAGAUUCUCAGAGACAAUCCCAACCGCAAUCGAAAGCACUCAACGAUGUCAUGCAUAGUUUAUUCUAA